UUUCAAAUAGUGCCAUCUUUUAUCGGACAUUUGGAUUUUUUUUGUUUGUCAUCACCCAUUAAUUAUUCUUCCACUCAACUCGCGUGUGUUCGAUGUUGUUUUAUUUACGUUUGUGAUGAUUUGGUAACAUCAUUGAUGAUGAACCUCAGCUCGAGUUGUGUGAAAAUAUAUUUAUCGUCAAAGAAAAUAAUAAAAAUUUAUACCUGCAAAACAUAUGAAGAAAAAAUUGAUUAAAAUCCAUAUCAUAUGUUAUUUGUUAUUUGAUGAUAAUAAUCAACAUUUCAGCUAAAUCAUGUCAUCGACAAAACGUUCGUAUGUGCCUACUGAUUCGGAUUCUGAACAUGAAGAACGUAUGAAAGAUCUCAAAGCUCGUGAUGAAUUUGCACAGCGGUUACAAGAAAAAGAUAAAGAAAAAACGCGAAAUAUAGCUGUCAAAAGUGAUAAAAAAGGUCUACAAGAAGCAUCGAAACGAUUGAAAUUAGAAACCGAAGAUCAAACAUUGGUUAUACCGCAAUUGCGUAAAGAAUCUCGUCGACAAUAUUUAGCCAAACGUAAAGAUGAUCAAUUGACGCUUUUAGAGGCAGCUAUCGCAGAUGAAGAAUAUCUAUUUGGAAAAGAAAAACUAACCGAAAGUGAACAGAAGCGUCAGGAUUAUAAUAGAAAAAUAUUAGAACUAGCACGACAACAUGAUCAAGUUUCCGAAUUCGCCAAUAUACAACGAUAUCAUAUUCCAAGUGAAGAUCAAACAGAAGAAUAUAAAGAAGUUAAUGAAGGUGAAAAUGUUCCAAAUUCGGAACAAAGAAAAUGGGAAGAAGAACGAUUAGGAAGUGCUAUGCUUCAUUUUGGUGCUAAAGAUGCUAAACAAAAAAAUCAGACAAAAGAAUAUGAUCUUAUUGUUGAUGGUAUUGAAAUUGAUUUUGUCAAAGCUCUUACACUCGCCGGUGAUGAUGACAUCAUCCAAGAUGACAAUGAAAAUAAACAAAUGACAGAAAAAGAAAUUAAAAAACUAUCCAUCGAAGAAACUCGUCGAUCAUUACCAGUAUUUCCAUUUAAAGAUGAUUUAAUUGCCGCAAUCAAUGAUCAUCAAGUGUUGAUUAUUGAAGGUGAAACUGGUUCAGGAAAAACUACUCAAAUUCCUCAAUAUUUAAUUGAUGCUGGUUAUACUAAAGAUGGUAAAAAAAUUGGUUGUACACAACCACGUCGAGUGGCUGCCAUGAGUGUGGCUGCACGUGUUGCCGAAGAGAUGAACACAAAACUGGGUUCACUUGUAGGCUAUUCAAUUCGUUUCGAAGAUUGUACAAGUGAAAAAACCAUACUUAAAUAUAUGACUGAUGGUAUGUUAUUACGAGAAUUUCUUGGCGAACCAGAUCUAGCAUCGUAUUCUGUGAUAAUCAUCGAUGAAGCACACGAACGGACAUUACAUACUGAUAUACUAUUUGGUCUGGUCAAAGAUAUUGGACGUUUUCGACCAGAUAUUAAAUUAUUGAUUUCAUCGGCCACCUUGGAUGCGGAAAAAUUCAGUGAUUUUUUUGAUGGUGCACCAGUCUUUCGUAUACCUGGUCGACGUUUUCCUGUUGAUAUUUAUUAUACUAAAGCACCGGAAGCCGAUUAUAUUGAUGCUUGUGUUGUGACCAUAUUACAGAUUCAUAUCACACAAAAAUUGGGAGAUAUUCUCGUAUUUCUUCCUGGACAAGAAGAAAUUGAACAAUGUCAGGAAUUAUUACAAGAACGAGUUCGUAGAUUAGGCACUCGUGUAAAAGAAUUACUAAUAAGACCUAUCUACGCUAAUCUACCUUCUGAUAUUCAAGCUCAAGUAUUUGAAUCAACACCACCGAAUGCAAGAAAAGUGGUACUCGCAACAAACAUAGCCGAAACAUCAAUCACAAUUGAUAAUAUCAUAUAUGUUAUUGAUCCUGGUUAUUGUAAACAAAAUAGUUUUAAUCCAAGAACAGGAAUGGCAGCUUUAGUGGUAGUACCAAUUUCAAAAGCAAGUGCUAAUCAACGUGCUGGCCGUUCUGGUCGUGUUGCACCAGGAAAAUGUUUCCGAUUAUUCACAGCAUGGGCAUUCCAAAAUGAGCUUGAAGAUUCUACUAUACCGGAAAUACAACGAGUACAUCUUGGAAAUGUUGUUCUAAUGCUCAAAAGUCUCGGCAUCAAUGAUAUCGUACAUUUUGAUUAUUUAGAUCCACCAUCAGCGGAAGCUUUGAUUAUUGCCUUAGAACAACUAUAUGCUCUUGGAGCUUUGAAUCAUCUUGGCGAAUUAACUCGUUUAGGUAGAAGGAUGGCUGAAUUUCCAUUGGAUCCUAUGAUGUCACGGGCAUUGUUAGCUUCAGAAAAAUAUAAAUGUGCUGAAGAGAUGCUUACCAUUUGUUCAAUGUUAAGUGUAAAUUCAUCAGUAUUUUAUCGUCCAAAAGAUAAGGCAGUUUUUGCCGAUACAGCACGUAAACGAUUUUUCAUGGAAGGUGGUGAUCAUCUAACCUUAUUAAAUGUAUACAAACAAUGGAUGGAUUCCGGAUAUUCAAAACAAUGGUGUAUGGAAAAUUUCAUCCAAUAUCGAUCGAUGUGUCGAGCAAGAGAUGUUCGAGAUCAAUUGGAAAAAUUAAUGGAACGUGUAGAAGUUGAAGUCAAAUCAUGUGAUAAUGAUAAUGUAGCCAUUCGUAAAGCAAUUACAUCUGGCUAUUUUUACCAUACAGCAAAACUAAGUAAAGGUGGAAAUUAUCGUACAAUCAAAGGAAACAAUACAGUUUUAAUACAUCCGAAUUCAACAUUAUUCGAUGAAAUGCCUCGAUGUGUGCUUUAUCAUGAAUUAGUAUUGACCACUAAAGAAUAUAUGAGACAAGUGAUCGAAAUCAAUCCAUUAUGGUUACUUGAAGUGGCACCACAUUAUUAUAAACCUAAAGAUAUUGAUGAAAGUGGAACGCUUGGUAAAAAGAUGCCCAAACAAGUAGGAAAAUCAUUGGCAGAUCUAACUAGAACUUAUCCAAGCAAUGAAUGAAUCAAUCAAUCAAUCAAUUCAUUUCCAUAAUGUAAUAUUAUCAUAUAAUUUUUUCAUUUUGUAAU